AUGCCUAAUAUGCCAAACUAUUUUCAAUUCCUCACGUUGAUGGCUUUCCAUGUGUUCAUGAAGGAGAAGGUAGACGUGGCUAUUGUGGAAGUAGGAAUUGGUGGGGAGUAUGAUUCGACAAACAUCAUAGAAAAACCUAUGGUUUGCGGUGUAACGUCCCUGGGACUUGAUCAUCAAUCUAUCUUGGGAGAUACGAUCGAUAAGAUAUCUUGGCAUAAGGGGGGAAUUUUCAAGGAAAACACACCAGCUUUCACUGUGGACCAACCGGAGAGUGCAUUGGAUGUCCUGAAGAAUCGUGCCGAAAUAGUGAAUGCACCCUUUACUAAAGUUGAGACGCCAACACAAGAAUCAUAUAGUGGAAUCGAUAUUGGAUUAUCCGGAAAACAUCAACUUAAAAACGCGUCUUUAGCGAUCGAACUGUGUCGUAUAUGGCUUGACAAAAAAAGAAAUAUCAAACAUUAUGAUCAGAAGAUACCCCGUGAAUUUAUACCCGGACUCUCAGAGGUCAGAUUGCCAGGUCGAAAUCAGAUGCUUCAAUUAGAAAAGUAUCAAGGCAUAACUUGGUUUCUUGACGGUGCUCAUACAUUGGAGAGUAUGCGAGCUUGCAUGGAGUGGUUCAGGGAAACUGCGAUGACGAAAGAUGAUGAUGAAAAUCUUCUUGAGACUUAUCAAAUAGUCGCCAAAGAUGCAGACUACAAACCAAUCACUAAUUUCACGGCCGAAGAAGAAGAAGAUUCGAACUUACCUUUAGAAUAUGAUGCUGUAGAAUUAUUCGCACAUGGCGAUGACAUAUCCGUCGAGGAGCGUAUGUUGGAUUCAACGUUCGAGGAGUUUUUUGAUUUGGUGUCGGAUGGUGGCGAAAUAGACGAAUCCGCCGAUGAAGGCGAAGAUUUCUAUAACAUAAAUCCUGAGAAAGAUGAUAAGUCGAUCCUAUCGCACCAUAAAUCUUACCAGAGUAAUGAAGAAAAAGAGGAGCAUGAGUUUAAUCUUUCUUCAUCGUCAUGUAUCGAAACAAUGGGUGAUUAUAUCGACGAAGGGUCCGAAUUAGAUGACGGCUUGCCAACAUCAGAUUUGAACGAUUUCGACAACUUAAAACGGAGAUCAACCUUUAAACAAAAAGUCGCUUCUUUGCUGCGUAAUAUAGAGUACUCUGUUAAGCCCGACGAAGUUGAAGGAUUUCUCGAUGUAUCUGAUGAAUCAUCUGACGACGAUGACGAAGCGAACUUCACCCAUGAAGUGACAGAUUAUUUUGAAGAACCUGAGGAAAUGAACGACAAUGAGGAAAUUCUUUUUGAUAGCAUAGAGAAUAAGCUUGAUGACGAAUCGACUAUAAAUACGAGUCAAAGUGACGUUGACAUGGACCAUUCUAAAAACAUUGCUAUUGAGUUAAAUAAC